AUGGACGACCUCUACGAUGAGUUCGGAAACUACAUCGGCGAGCCGGAAGAGAGUGAAGAGGAGCAGGACGCAGGCGCAUACGAUGGCGCGCAAUAUCUGGACGAAGAUGGAGAAGAGGCGGCGCAGACAGGUGCUGAAGUGAUGGACAUAGACGACGAGGGCCCUUCGAAUGCCGUAGUACUACACGAAGACAAGCAAUACUAUCCUUCAGCAUCACAAGUCUAUGGACCCGAUGUCGAAACGCUCAUCCAAGAAGAGGAUACGCAGACACUGCAGCAGCCGAUUGUGGCGCCGAUCGAGCGCAAGAAGUUCACAGUGGAAGAGGAGGAUCUGCCUACAGUGUACUUUGACCGUGGCUUCCUCACAGAUCUGAUGAGCUUUCCCGAACAAAUACGGAACAUUGCGCUAUGCGGGCAUUUACACCACGGCAAGACGAGUAUCAUGGAUAUGCUUGUGUCGCAAACACACGAUGUGUCCCACUUCAUGGAAGGCAAGACCGGCAAAGCGCGCGACGAGACUAUGCGGUAUACAGACACACAUCUUCUGGAGCGAGAACGAGGGCUGUCAGUGAAAGCCAGCCCAAUGAGUUUGCUUCUGCAGGGUACGAAGGGAAAAAGCCACCUACUGAAUAUCAUCGACACCCCGGGACAUGUGAACUUUGCAGACGAGGUGGCAGCAUCAUUACGCUUAGUCGACGGUGUUGUGCUGGUGGUCGAUGUCGUGGAGGGGGUGCAGACACAGACAGAGCUUGCUAUCAAGCACGCUGUGCUUGCAGGCAUUCCGCUCACGCUGCUCAUCAACAAGGUCGAUCGACUAAUGCUCGAAUUGAAGUUGCCUCCGACCGACGCUUACUUCAAGCUAAAGCAUGUCGUGGAGGAGGUCAAUACGCACAUCGAGAAUACAAUUCCUGGUCGUGGCGAGAAGUUCCGCGUUAGCCCGGAGAAGGGUAACGUGGCUUUCGCAUGCAGCAGCAUGGAGUGGUGCUUCACACUCCCCAGUUUCGCAACCAUGUACGCGGAAAGCUAUCCAAGCGCGGAAUUUGACAUCAAGGAGUUCAGCAAGCGACUGUGGGGCGACAUUUACUACAACCCAAGAUCUCGAAAAUUCACGCGAAAGCCAGUGGAAGAUCGAGGGAAGAGGAGUUUCGUGCAUUUCGUCUUGGAGCCAAUCUACAAGCUGUACUCUCACACCCUAUCAGAAUCGCCAGAAGAUCUCAAGAAGACUCUGGCGAGCCUUGGAAUCAGUCUGAAGCCAAGCCAGCUGAAAGCUAAUGCUAAGAAUCUGCUGAAGAUGGUAUGUGAGCAAUUUUUUGGACCACCAGCUGGAUUGGUGGAUAUGGUUGUGGAGCACGUACCUUCGCCUGUUGCUAGCAGUCGACAGAAGCUCGAGAAGUAUUACACAGGUCCACUAGACUCGAAGACCGCGACGGCCAUGUUGGAAUGCGACUCUGAUGGACCACUGGUUGUGCACGUCACAAAGCUGUUCAACACCCAAGAUGCCCAAGGCUUCCACAGCUUUGGCCGGGUAAUGAGUGGCACCGCAAGACCCGGAGAGCAGGUCCGAGUACUUGGAGAGAACUACAGCAUCGAUGACGAGGAAGACAUGGUUACUGCGACGAUAGAGCAGGUCUCAAUUGCCGAAAGCAGGUACAAUGUGCCGGUUUCUGGCAUUCCAGCGGGUAACUUUGUGCUUCUUGGUGGCGUCGACAACUCGAUCAUGAAGAGCGCAACCAUUGUCGCGCCGAAGUUGCCGGACGAUGAGGACGCUUACAUCUUCAAACCGGUUGUCCACUUCUUCGACAGUGUAUUCAAGGUCGCGGUGGAGCCCAUCAACCCUUCAGAAUUGCCCAAAAUGCUUGACGGCUUACGCAAGAUCAACAAGUCCUACCCACUCAUUACGACCAAAGUCGAGGAAUCGGGCGAGCAUGUGGUCCUUGGGACUGGCGAGCUUUACAUGGACUGCGUUCUUCACGACCUUCGACGCAUGUACGCACAGAUGGAGAUCAAGGUCUCAGAUCCAGUCACACGAUUCUGCGAGACGUGUGUCGACCAGAGCGCGAUGAAGUGCUAUGCCCUGACGCCAAACAAAAAGAACAAGCUCACUUUUGUGGCCGAGCCACUCGACGACGGCAUUGCACAAGACAUAGAGACCGGCAAGGUCAGCAUCAAGGAUCCGGUGCGAAAGGUCGGAAAGUUCUUUGAGGAGAACUACGGCUACGAUAUUCUCGCUUCCCGCAAUAUCUGGGCAUUUGGUCCGGACGACAUGGGACCAAAUAUCCUUCAGAACGAUACCCUGCCAUCUGACGUUGACCAGAAGCUGCUGCGUUCAGUCAAGGACACCAUCCGACAGGGUUUCUCGUGGGGUACAAGAGAAGGCCCUCUAUGUGAGGAGCCUAUCAGGAACGUAAAGUUCAAGAUCACGGAUGUCGAGCUAGCAUCAGAAGCAAUCUUCCGUGGCGGUGGUCAAAUCAUCCCUACGGCGCGACGAGCAUGCUACAGCUCCUUCCUCAUGGCUGGACCAAGACUGAUGGAGCCUUUGUACUCGUGCACGAUGCUUGGCCCGGCCAACGCAGUCUCCUCACUGUAUACGGUGCUCGCGAGAAGGAGAGGCCACGUGCUAAGCGAUGCACCUGUGCCAGGAACACCACUCUACAGCGUGAAGGGCUUGCUACCGGUCAUCGAUUCAUUUGGUUUUGAGACAGAUCUGCGCAUCCACACGCAAGGGCAGGCUACUGUCUCUCUGGUAUUCGAUCGGUGGAGUAUUGUCCCAGGUGAUCCGCUGGACAAGACCAUCAAGCUCAGACCGCUCGAGCCGGCUUCCGCGCAAGCCACGGCGCGAGAUUUUGUGCUCAAAACAAGAAGGAGAAAGGGUCUCAGCGAGGAUGUGACUGUGAGCAAGUAUGUAGAGCCUGAGAUCAUGAGACAGCUCAGGGAGACUGGAAUGCUUGAUGGCGCAUGA